AUGGCCGCUCCUGCCAUCAAGAACGUGGCCGCCCAGGGCUCGCCCUCGGACGACAGCUACGUCGACCUUUCGAGCGUCAGCAGCCAGAACGGCUCCAACGGCUCGCUCCUGCGCCCCCUGACCAUCAGCCUCAAGGGUGUCGAGGUCCGCAUCGCGGUUCCCGCGCAGCCUUUUGAGGCGUGGGUGGCCAGCGACGUCGCUCGCGAGGAGUUCCAGCGCAGCCUCCUUGCCUCGGCCGUCGAGGCCGACGAGCUCGAGGUCAUGGGCGAGCAGGACGCCGACUCGGUCGAGGAGCUCGCCAAGUCGCAGGUCGCCCUGCUGGCCAAGUUCCUCGGCUUCCUGGCCGCCCGCUCCUCGGCCAAGUCGACCGCCCACGAGCUCGGUCUGCUGCAGCACGCCUGGAUCAGCUUCAACAACCACUUCCUCGGCGAGGGCAAGAGCGUCCACGACAUCGCCGCCACCCUCGACCUCGACGUCCGCUCCAGCGUCCUCCGCGCCUUUUUCGAGGCGUUUGUCGUCCUCGAGAGCGUCGGCAGGGCCACGCCCGGCCUCAGGCGCCCCAAGCUGUUUGAGCUCUCGGCCGCCGGGUCCGCCCAGGUCCACGCCGUCUUCGGAGGCCAGGGCAACAACGAGGGCUACUUCAACGAGCUCCAGGCGCUCUUUGACACCUACAGGCCGCUCGUUGUGCCGCUGUUGCAGGCGACGCAGCCGACGCUCAACAAGCUCGGCGAGGAGGCCAGCCUGCAGGGCUUUUCCAGCUUCUACACGUACGGCCUCGAUGUCUUGGGCUGGCUCGAUGGCAGCGUGGCGCGUCCUCCGGUCAGCUACCUGGCCAGCGUGCCGCUCAGCCUGCCGCUGAUCGGCCUCACCCAGAUCGUCCAGUUCCUGGUCAGCGUCAGGUCGACUGGCCUCUCGUUCGCCGAGUUCCGCGACCAGGUCAAGAGCACCACCGGCCACUCGCAGGGCAUCAUCUCGGCCGUCGUCUUGUCGGCCUCGGACAGCCUCGACAGCUUCACCGCCAACGUCGUCAAGGCCGUCCAGCUGCUGUUCAACAUUGGCAAGCGCGGCCAGGAGUCGUUCCCGCUCCUGUCGAUCGACCCGGCGCUCGUCAGCGACACGGUCGGUGGUGGCGAGGGCGAGCCGACCUCGAUGCUCUCGGUCUCUGGCCUCGCCCAGGACGUGCUCGACAAGCACAUCGCCAAGACCAACGGCCACCUCCCCGAGACGCAGCGUGUGUCGAUCUCGCUCUUCAACGGCCCGCGCGACUUCGUCGUCACCGGCUACCCCAAGGCGCUUGUCGGCCUCGUCUCGAGCCUGCGCGAGAUCCGCGCCGAGUCCGGCGCCGACCAGAGCAAGGUGCCCUUCUCGAAGCGCAAGGCCGUCUUCCGCAUGAGCUUCGUCCCCGUCGGCGUCCCCUACCACUCGAGCUACCUCGAGGGCGCCACCGACCGGAUGCUCGCCGAGGACUACCGCGGCGUCGCCGACGUCUGGAGCGUGUCUGAGCUCAAGGUGCCCGUCAAGAACACCGAGGACGGCUCCGACAUGAGCACCUACGCCGAGGGCUCGCUCCUCCGCAGCAUCGCCGACCAGAUCUUCACCAAGCCCGUCUUCUGGGCCAAGGCCGUCGACCUGCCCAAGUCGGCCACCCACGUCGUCGACUUUGGAACCGGCGGCAUGUCCGGCGUCGGCCGCCUCGUCGCCCGCAUCCUCGAGGGCCGCGGUGUCCGCGUCGUCGUCCCCAGCGGCACCCACCAGCUCAGCACCGAGCUCUACAGCGCCUCGAGCGUCAGGUUCGAGGAGCGCUGGGAGGACGUGUGGGCGCCCCGCCUGGUCCGCACCAAGGCCGGCCUCAAGGUCGACACGCCCUUCUCAAGGACCACCGGCCGCGGCAUCCUGAUGGUCGGCGGCAUGACGCCCACCACUGUCAGUGCCGACAUCAACGCCGCCGUCCUCAAUGCCGGCUACAUCUGCGAGCUCGCCGGCGGCGGCCUGCACAACGAGGUCGGCCUGCGGAAGCGCGUCGACGAGAUCCUCGCCAAGCUCGAGCCCGGCAACGGCCUCGAGCUCAACGGCCUCUUCAUCGACCAGCGCCGCUUCGGCUGGCAGUACCCGCUCUGGGGCCAGAUGAGGCGCGAGGGCAUCCCCUGCAAGGGCUUCACCGUGGCCGCCGGCAUCCCCAGCACCGAAAAGGCCAAAGACAUCAUCGACGGCCUCAAGGCCGCCGGCAUCGAGUACGUCGGCUUCAAGCCCGGCAACGCCGACGGCCUGCGCGCCGUCGCCGCCAUCGCCGCCGCCAACCCCGAUUUCAAGAUCAUCUGCCAGUGGACCGGAGGACGCGCCGGCGGCCACCACUCGACCGAGGACUUCCACCAGCCCAUCCUGCAGACCUACUCGAUCCUGCGCAAGCAGAAGAACCUGGUCCUCGUCGGCGGCUCCGGCUUCGGCGACGCCGAGGGCGUCUGGCCCUACCUCACGGGAGACUGGUCGGUCAAGCUGGGCUACGCGCCCAUGCCCUUCUCGGCGUUCCUGUUCGCCUCGUGGAUGCUGAUCGCCAAGGAGGCCGCCACCGCCGAUGCCGUCAAGCAGCUGCUCGUCGACACGCCCGGCUGCGACGAGGACCAGUGGGAGGCGACGUACGGCAAGGGCGCCGGCGGCACCAUCACCUGCAACUCGGAGCUCGGCGAGAGCAUCAGCUACGUCCAGAACCGCGCCGCCACCCUCUGGCGCCAGCUCGACGACCAGCUCUUCUCGCUGACCAAGGAAAAGCAGCGCGCCUGGAUGUCGCAGAAGAAGUCGUGGCUGAUUGAGCGCCUCAACAAGGACUUCCAGAAGCCCUGGUUCGCCGCCAAGCUCGACGGCACCGCGCUCAUGGACGUCGCCGAGAUGACGUACGAGGAGGUCACCCGCCGCAUGCUGCAGCUGCUCUUUGUCGCCCACCAGGGCCGCUGGAUCGACCCGUCGCUCAAGAAGCUCUUUGGCGACUGGUGCCGCCGCGUCGAGGAGCGCUUCGCCGGCAUCGAGACCGCCGGCAAGAAGGAGUCGCUGCUGCAGAGCUACUCGGUGCUCGACAAGCAGCCCGGCGCCUUCCUCGACGGCUUCCUCGACACGUACGCCGACUCCAAGGUGAUCCGCCUCGCCGCCGAGGACGUCGGCUACUUCCUCGCCAUCUGCCAGCGCCGCGGCCAGAAGCCGGUCCCCUUCAUCCCCGAGCUCGGCGACAACUUCCAGACACUCUUUAAGAAGGACUCGCUGUGGCAGUCCGAGGACCUCGACGCCGUCAUGGGCCAGGACCCGCAGCGCGUCAUCAUCCUCCAGGGCGCCGUCGCCGUCAAGCACUGCACCAAGGCCAACGUCCCCGCCGGCGAGAUGCUGGGCGAGAUCGAGCGCUCGCUGGUCGCCAAGCUGCUGGAGCGCUACUACGACAACGACGAGAGCAAGGUGCCCUACGCCGACUACGUCUCGAGCGACGUCCCCGCCGUCGACCAGGACGCCGUCGUCGCCAAGCACGGCCUCGCCGUCGACGUCCAGACGGCGGCCAACGGCGACGUCGUCCGCACCUUCAAGGUCGGCGUCGAGGUGCCCGAGGCCACGGCCUGGCUCGAGCUCCUCGCCGGUAGCCGCACCAGCUGGCUCCGCGCGCUGCUCCGCAACGUCAGCGUCGUCCGUGGCCGCAGCUACGUCGACAACCCAAUGGUGCGCAUGCUGGCGCCACGCCCGCACCAGACUGCCAAGGUCGUCUGCGACGCCUCGGGCGAGCCGCUGAGCGUCGCCUUCUACGGCUCCGCCCGCUCGUUUGGCCGCCACGACGACGCCUUCAAGGCGGUCGAGAUCACCAAGGCCCCCGCCUCGUCGACCAUCGACGUCGUCCUCUUCGAGGAGCGCCUCGGCGAGUCGGUGCCGCUGCCCUUCCAGUUCACCUAUCGACCCGACCAGCCUUUCGCCUCGAUUCACGAGGUCGUCGAGGGCCGCAACGACCGCAUCAAGCAGUUCUACUGGCAGCUGUGGUUCCACACCGACAUGCCCGCCGCCGCCGAGCUGGCCGCCAAGCGCGAGUUCACCAGCCCCACCAAGGCGCUCGACGAGGCCGCCAUCAAGCGCUUCUGCCAGAUUGUCGAGAACCGCGGCGAGGCCUUCACCAAGGGCCAGGCCCCGAUGGACUUUGCCAUCGUCGCCGGCUGGGAGGCCAUCAUGCAGGCGCUCAUGGCCAGCUGCGACGCCGACCUGCUUAGCCUGGUGCACCUGUCCAACUCGUUCAAGACGGUCGAGGGCGCCCGCCCGCUCCGCGCCGGCGACGUCUGCACCGCCCGCGCCAGCGUCAGCAGCAUCAAGAUUUCGGACACGGGCAAGUCGGUCAGUGUCGGCGGCACCGUCUACCGCCAGAACGCCGCCGGCGAGUUUGAGCCCGCCAUCACCGUCGUCUCGAGCUUCUUCUUCCGCGGCCGCUUCGGCGACUUUGCCACCUGCUUCGAGACCUCGCACAGCGACUACACGCUCGAGAUCAAGGGCAAGGCCGAGGCCACCGUGCUGCUGGCCAAGGAGUGGUUCGAGUGGACCGCGCCCCAGCCCAUCGUCCCCGGCACCAAGCUCCACCUCAGCUUCGACAGCCACCUCCGCUUCCGCGACAGCACCUCGUACUCCGAGGUCGAGGUCAAGGGCGGCGCCUUUAUCAAGGACUACAAGGACGACCUCAUCCAGGUCGGCGAGAUCAACUACGCCGCCGACUCGGUCAGCUACGGCAACCCGGUCGUCGAGUUCGUCAAGCGGUCCGGCGGCGCCGCCGUCGGCGGCGCAUCGCCGCUCGAGAGCGGCUACACGGUCGUCAGCGGCGACGUGGCCACCUCGUUCAUCGCGCCCGCCACCAACGAGCCCUACUCGAAGGCCUCGGGCGACUUCAACCCCAUCCACAUCAACCCCUACUUCUCUUCGUUUGCCUCGCUGCCCGGCACCAUCACCCACGGCCUCUUCUCGAGCGCCGCGUCGCGCCGCUUUGUCGAGAUGGUGGCCGCCGAGGGCUACCCGGACCGCUGCCUCAGCUUCGAGGCCAACUUCACGGGCAUGGUCCUGCCCGGCGACGAGCUCCAGGUCAAGCUGCGCCACGUCGCGAUGCACGACGGCAACAAAGUGAUCAAGGUGGAGACGUACAACCAGCACGGCGACAAGGUGCUCGACGGCCAGGCCGAGGUCAAGCAGCCGGCCACCGUCUACGUCUUCACCGGCCAGGGCUCCCAAGAGCAGGGCAUGGGCAUGGACCUGUACAACUCGAGCCCGACGGCCAAGGCGCUGUGGGACGAGGCCGACGGCCACCUCCGGUCCACGAUGGGCUUCAGCAUCCUCGAGAUUGUCAACCAGAACCCCAUCUCCAAGACGGUCCACUUUGGCGGCGUCCGCGGCCACACGAUCCGCGACCGCUACAUGUCGAUGUCGUACGACUCGACCGACGACAACGGCAACACUGUCACGCUGCCCCUCUUCCCCGAGAUCACGUCGGCCAGCCAGAGCUACACGUUCCAGUCGCCCAAGGGACUGCUGUUCGCCACCCAGUUCGCCCAGAUCGCCCUGGUCCUCGUCGAGCUGAGCGCCUUCCAGGACAUGAAGCAGCGCGGCCUCAUCAACCCGGACGCUGCCUUUGCCGGCCACAGUCUCGGAGAGUACGCGUCGCUGGCGGCCGUCGCCGGCGUGCUCCAGGUCAAGGACUUGGUCGAGGUCGUCAUGUACCGCGGCCUCUCGAUGCAGAACUGCGUCACCCGCGACCCCGUCACCGGCGCCUCGUCGUACGGCAUGAUGGCGUGCAACCCGAUCCGCGUCCUCGGCGACGUGACGCCCGCCUUUGCCGGGCAGGCCCUCGCCGAGAUCGUCGACUCGGUCACCAAGGAGUCCGGCCUGCUCUGCCAGAUUGUCAACUACAACGUCGCUGGCCAGCAGUACGUCGUGGCCGGAGACAAUGUGGCGCUCCUCACCCUCGGCAACGUCCUCAACUUUAUCAAGAUCCAGAAGAUCGACCUCAAGAAGCUGCAGGAGAUCAUGCCGAUCGAGGAGGUGCGCGAGAAGCUCGACGAGAUCGUCCGCGAGGUGCUCGCCGCCGCCCGCGAGGAGGAGAAGAAGGGCCCGCUCGAGCUCAAGCGCGGCUUUGCCUCGAUCCCGCUGCCGGGCAUCGACGUCCCCUUCCACUCGCGCUACCUGACCGGCGGUGUCGCCCCCUUCCGCGCCUACCUCUCGAAGCGCAUCAACAUCGAGGCCAUCAGCCCGCAGUCGCUCGUCGGCCGCUACAUCCCCAACCUGGUCGCCGCGCCCUUUGAGCUGUCCAAGGCCUAUGCCGAGCUCAUCUUUGCCCAGACCGACUCGCCGCGCCUCGACAAGGUGCUCAAGAACUGGGAGAAGGACGGCUGGGAGGCGCCCGAGCGCGUCCAGCGCCUCACCGCCACGCUCGUCGUCGAGCUGCUCGCCUACCAGUUCGCCUCGCCCGUCCGCUGGAUCGAGACGCAGGACAUCAUGUUCACCGACUACGCGUUCGAGCGCUUCAUCGAGUUUGGACCCAGCCCCACGCUCGUCGGCAUGGCCAAGCGCACCCAGUCGCUCAAGUACGCCGCCAUCGACCAGGCCCAGGGCCGCCGCCGUGUCAUGCUCUGCUCGAGCAAGGACAAGGAGGCGCUCUACUACUCGUUCGAGGACAGCGAGGCCGAGGUUGACGCCGACGCUGCGCCCGCCGCCGAGUCCGCUCCCGCUGCCGCCGCCGCACCCGUCGCUGCCGCUCCCGCGCCCUCCGCGCCCGCCCCUGCUAGCGGCGGUGGUGCGGCUGCCGACGUGCCCGACGAGCCCCUCAAGGCCGUCGACACGGUCCGUGCCAUCCUCGCCCAGAAGCUCAAGAAGUCGAUCGCCGACGUCCCGCUGUCCAAGUCGAUCAAGGACUCGGUCGGCGGCAAGUCGGUGCUCAGCAACGAGCUCGUCUCUGACCUGCUCGCCGAGUUCGGCAACCUGCCCGAGCGCGGCGAGGAGCUGCCGCUCGAGGAGCUCGGCGGCGCGCUCCAGGCCGGCUACAGCGGCGCGCUCGGCAAGCACACGUCCGGCCUCGUCACCCGCGUCGUCGGCGGCAAGCUGCCCGGAGGCUUCAACAUGUCGUCGGUCAAGGCCCACCUGCAGAAGACGUGGGGCCUGGGACCGGGACGCACCGACGGCGUCCUGCUCGUCGCCACCACCAUGGAGCCGGCCAAGCGUCUCGGCUCCGAGCCCGAGGCCAAGGCGUGGCUCGACUCGGUGGUCCAGGCCUACGCCGCCCAGGCCGGCAUCGCCCUCAGCCAGGGCGGCGGCGGCGGAGGAGGGGGAGCUUCGGGCGGCGUCGCCAUCAGCAGCGAGGAGCUCGACAAGCUCCAGGCGCGCCAGGACGAGCACAUCCGACGACAGAUCCAGAUCCUCGAGCGCUACCUCGGCCUCGACGGCCGCUCCGGCGUCCGCCUCGCCGAGUCGACCAAGGCCGAGCUCGAGGCGGCCCAGAGCCAGCUCGACAGCAUCGCCGCCGAGCACGGCGACACGUACACCAAUGGCAUCAUGCCCAAGUUCUCGGAGAAGAAGGUCCGCAACUUCAGCUCGUACUGGAACUGGGCGCGCCAGGACGCCAUGACGCUGUUCUACGACAUCAUCUACGGCCGCCUGACGGCCGUCGACCGCGAGAUUACGGCGCGCUGCAUCACGCUCAUGAACCGCGCCGACCCGGGCUUGCUGCGCUACAUGCAGUACCACAUCGACGCCGUCGACCCCAAGCUCGGCCCGACCUACGAGCUUGCCAAGGAGUUUGGACAGCAGCUGAUCGACAACUGCCGCGAGGCGCUGGCCGAGGACGCCGUGUACAAGGAGGUGCACGCGCCGACGGCCCCGCACACCGAGAUCGACGCGCGCGGCAACGUCGUCUACAGCGAAGUCAAGCGCGUCGGCGUGCGCAAGCUCGAGGCCUACGUCAAGGAGAUGGCGGCCGGCAGCCGGCUGCUUGGCUCGGGCAAUCAGGUCAACGUCGACAAGGCGCAGGAGAACGUGGCCAAGCUCUGGACGCUGAUCCGCAACGAGCCCUCGGUCAGCAAGCUGGGCAAGGCGACGAUCAAGAGCCUGUACACCGAGGUGGUCCGCUCGCUCGGCACGCCGCGCCAGCAGCAGCGCGGACCGGCGCGCCAGCUGCCGCGCGGCCGCCGCUCGAGCUCGACGACGCAGCGUCCGUCGAUGUCCGAGGUGGCGGGCGCCACGCCCGAGGACCGCGUGCCCUACCUCCACGUCCGCAGGAAGGUCGGCGGCCAGUGGCAGAUGAGCCGCAAGCUCACGUCGGUCUACCUCGAUAUCCUGGCCGAGAUGGCGUCGCAGGGCGUGUCGUUCAAGGGCCGCAACGCGCUGCUGACCGGCGUCGGCAAGGCGUCGAUCGGCGUCGAGGUGGUUAAGGGCCUGCUGGCCGGCGGCGCGCGCGUCGUCAUCACCACGUCGAGCUACUCGCGCAGCGUCGUCGAGUACUACCAGCGCAUCUACCAAGAGGUCGGAGCGCGCGGCUCGACGCUCACCGUGAUGCCGUUCAACCAGGCGUCGAAGCAGGACGUCGACAACCUGGUCAAGUACAUCUACGAGACGCUCGACAUGGACCUCGACUUUGUCGUGCCGUUCGCCGCCAUCUCGGAAAACGGCCGCGAGAUCGACGGCAUCGACGACAAGAGCGAGCUGGCGCACCGCCUGAUGCUGACCAACCUCAUCCGCCUGCUGGGCGCCAUCAAGACGCACAAGGCCUCGCGCGGCUUCGACACCCGCCCCACGCAGGUGCUGCUGCCGCUGUCGCCCAACCACGGCACCUUUGGCGGCGACGGCCUCUACGGCGAGAGCAAGCUCGGCCUCGAGACGCUGCUCAAUCGCUGGGAGAGCGAGAGCUGGGGCCAGUACCUCUGCAUCACGGGCGCCAUCAUCGGCUGGUGCCGCGGCACGGGCCUCAUGUCGAGCUCCAACACGGUCGCCGAGGAGAUCGAGAAGCUCGGCUGCAGGACCUUUAGCACCGUUGAGAUGGGCUUCAACCUGCUCGGCCUGCUCGCGCCGACCGUGUCGGCCGUCAGCCAGGUCGAGGCGCUCCUCGUCGACCUCAAUGGCGGCAUGGACAAGAUCAUCGACCUCGCCGAGCAGACGGGCAAGUUCCGCGCCAAGAUCCAGGAGGCGUCGGCCACCAAGCGCGCGCUCAUCGCCGACAGCUCGGCCGACUUCAAGGUGAUCAAGGGCGCCGCCGCCGAGGCGCUGCACCAGAAGGUGCACAUCAACCCGAGGAGCAACUUCACCUUCAAGUUCCCCGAGCUCGGCACGCUCGAGUUCAACCAGGACCUAGCCAAGAGCCACUCGCAGCUCGACCUGGAGAAGGUGGUCGUCAUCACCGGCUUCGCCGAGGUCGGCCCGUGGGGCUCGGCGCGCACGCGCUGGGAGAUGGAGGCCUUUGGCCACCUGACCAACGAGGGCGUCAUCGAGAUGGCCUGGAUCAUGGGCAUGAUCAAGCACCACGACGGCAAGCUCAAGAGCGGCGCCACGUACGUCGGCUGGGUCGACGCCAAGUCGGGCGAGCCCGUCGACGACAAGGACAUCCGCGCCAACUACGAGGACGAGAUCAUCAAGCACUCGGGCAUCCGCCUCAUCGAGCCCGAGCUCUUCCGCAACUACGACCCCAACCGCAAGGGCUUCCAGCAGGAGAUUGAGCUCAACCACGAUCUCGAGCCGCUCGAGGUGUCGUCCGAGGAGGCGGCCAAGUACAAGCUCGAGCACGGCGACAAGGUCGACACGUGGGAGGACGCCGCCAGCGGCAACUGGUUCGUCCACCUCAAGAAGGGCGCCCGCAUCUUUGUGCCCAAGGCCGUCGCCUUUGACCGCCUCGUCGCCGGCCAGCUGCCCACCGGCUGGAGCGGCCAGCGCUACGGCAUCCCCGACGACAUUGUCGCCCAGGUCGACCGCACCACGCUCUGGGCCCUCGUCUGCGCGUCCGAGGCGCUCGUCAACUCGGGCAUCACCGACCCCUACGAGCUCUACAAGCACAUCCACCCGAGCAAGGUCGGCAGCUGCAUCGGCUCCGGCAUGGGAGGCAUGACGUCGCUCAGCAAGAUGUUCCGCGACCGCCGCAACGACAUCGACACGCAGAAGGACAUCCUCCAGGAGACGUUUAUCAACUCGGUCGCCGGCUGGGUCAACCUGCUCGUCAUGUCGGCCGCCGGCCCGAUCAAGACGGUCGUCGGCGCCUGCGCCACCGCCCUCCAGUCGAUCGACGUCGCCGUCGAGACGAUCCUGUCGGGCAAGGCCGAGCUCAUGCUCGCCGGCGGCUUCGACGACCUGUCCGAAGAGGGCUCUUUCGAGUUUGCCAACAUGAAGGCCACCUCCAACGCCAAGGACGAGCUGGCCGCCGGCCGCGAGCCCUCGGAGCACUCGAGGCCGUUUACCACGUCGCGCGGCGGCUUCAUGGAGUCGCAGGGCUGCGGCGUCCAGGUCAUCACCACGGCCGCCAACGCCAUCAAGCUCGGCAUGCCCAUCCAGGGCAUCGUGGCCUACUCGAACACGCACACCGACGGCGCCGGACGCAGCCUGCCCGCCCCCGGCCACGGCGUCAUUGCCAGCGCCGACGGCCUCCAGCGCGCCCUGGCGAGCUUCAACCUGACCGCCGACGACAUCGGCGUCAUCUCGGCCCACAUGACGGCCACCAAGGCCAACGACAAGAACGAGUCGCACGUCUACCAGGAGCUCUUUACCCGCAUGGGCAGGACCCCCGGCCACGCCGUGCCCGUCAUGGCGCAGAAGUGGCUCUGCGGACACGCAAAGGGCGGCGCCGCCGCCUGGGCCCUCAAUGGCGUGCUGCAGAGCAUCAACACGUCGAUCGUCGCCGGCAACCGCAACGCCGACGACAUCUCGCCCGAGCUGCAGAAGUUUGACAUGCUCCUCUACAACUCGACGACGCUCCACCGCACCCCGCGUCACGUCAACGCCGCCUGCGUGUCGAGCUUCGGCUUCGGCCAGGUCGGCGGCAUCUGCCUCGUCCUCCACGGCGCCCACGUCCUCGGCCGCCUCUCGCCCCAGGCGUUUGCCGAGUACGCCGCCCGCCGCAAGGAGCGCCAGUACAGGACCUACACCCGCAUGCACUCGUCCAUCACCAAGGACGACCUGGUCCGCAUCAAGGACGACCGCCCCUGGCCCGCCGAGCUCGAGGACGCCGUGCUCAUGAACCUAAACGCGCGCGCCACCGAGUCCGGCGACAGCUACGCCUUCAAGGCGCCCCUGCCGCCCAUGCCCGCCCUCGCCGCCGUCGACUCGGUCACCGUCCCGCCCAAGCCCGCCGACGUCGCCGCCCAGCAGGAGUCGCUCCAGGCCAUGAUGGGCCACGUCGCCGGCGUCGGCAUCGACUGCGAAAAGAUCUCGACGUUCCCCUCGGACAACGAAAACUUUAUCGCCAGGAACUUUACCGACGUCGAGGUCCAGUACUGCCAGUCGCAGCCAGACCCGCGCGCAUCCUUCUGCGGCCGCUUCUGCGCCGCCGAGGCCGUCGUCAAGAGCCUCGGCAUCAGGACAAAGGGGGCCGGAGCCUCGCUCAAGGACAUCGAGAUCGUGCCGACGCCCGAGGGACCCCAAGUCAAGCUCUACGGAGAGGCCCUCGACGCCGCGCGCGGUUCCCGCUUCCUCGUCUCGAUCACCCACGGCGACGACACCGCCAUGGCCGUCGUCCACCGCCUGCCCCCGGCGUGA